AUGUCAGCGAAGUCACCCUCCGUUUAUGGCGCAAUUCCCACCACCUCCGCCAGCCCCACACCCACCUCCAAUAUCAGACGCCCGCCACCACUACCACCACCGUCCGAUUUCUUCUCACGCGCCAAAGCCAAGAUUGCCACGGCCCGCCCCUGGAAAGAGCUUCUCGAUCCCACCUCCUUCUCCCUCCCGUACAGCUACUCGGAAGCCAUGUCUCGUAUUCGCCGAAACUUGGGUUAUUUCCAAGUCAACUACGCAAUGGUAAUGCUGCUUAUCCUCUUUCUUAGCCUCAUAUACCACCCUUUUUCCAUGAUUGUCUUCUUGAUAGUUUUCAUAGCCUGGUUCUUUCUGUACUUCUUUCGCGAGGAACCCCUUGUGUUGUUUGGUAGGAUCGUAGAUGAUAAAGUUGUUUUGGGUGUGCUGGGUUUGGUUACUGUGAUUGCUUUGGUGUUCACUCACGUUGGAUUGAAUGUCUUGGUAUCUUUGAUCAUUGGGGUUGUUGUAGUUGGGUUACAUGCGGCGUUUAGGGGUAUAGAGGACUUGUUCUUGGAUGAGAAUGAGGUAGCUGAAGGUGGGUUGCUUUCGUUUGUUAGUGGCGAGCCAAUGCGACCGGCUUAUACUCGGUUGAAUUGA